AAGAUCUAGUUUUUGAAAGGCAUACCAUACACUCUAAACACUCGCGCAGAGACGCUAAAGGAGAGCUAUAAUCCACAGGCUACUUGCUGUUCAAUACAAAGCCAACAACAACCAGAGCCAACCAUCCGAAAAAAUAUUAUGUCUGAAUCAAGUCAAACUCCUCCUUUUGACAGACCCAGAUCGGUGGUCAAGAUGUUCUUGGCCAGACAUCAACAAGAAGGUGCUGGUGCUGUUGUCAGGAGAUGUAUUGGACGGAACGAAUUGAAGUUUUUGGAUCCCUUUCUGAUGUUGGAUCAUUUUUCAGUUACUCCUCCUGCGGGAUUUCCUGAUCAUCCACACCGAGGUUUCGAGACAGUUACAUACAUGUUGCAGGGAGCCAUUACUCAUCAAGAUUUUGCAGGGCGUAAGGGUACAAUUGGAACUGGUGAUGUGCAGUGGAUGACAGCAGGUAGAGGAAUUGUCCACUCUGAAAUGCCUGCAGGUGAAGAAGUUUCAAAUGGUUUACAGCUUUGGAUCAAUUUAUCUUCCAGAGACAAAAUGAUUGAGCCGAGUUAUCAAGAACUUUUAAGUGACGAGAUAGUAAGGGCAGAGGAAGAUGGGGUUGAGGUCCGAGUUAUAGCAGGAGAAUCCAUGGGAGUUCGAUCUUCAGUUCACACCCGAACUCCAACAAUUUUUCUGGAUUUCACUCUAAAACCCAGAGCUCAAGUGCAUCAGAGUAUCCCAGCAUCAUGGAAUUCCUUUGUGUACAUAAUUGAAGGGGAAGGGGUGUUUGGCUCCUCAAACUCAUCACCUGUGGCAGCUCACCAUGUCUUGGUUCUUGGUCCCGGAGACGGUCUAAGCGCCUGGAAUCGGUCUUCAAAUAGUUUGAGGUUUGUGCUGAUUGGAGGGCAGCCUCUUGAUGAACCAGUGGCUCAGUACGGGCCUUUUGUGAUGAACACACAAGCUGAAAUCAACAAGACAAUUGAGGACUACCAGUAUUGCAAAAAUGGUUUUGAACUGGCCAGGAGCUGGAGAUCUCAAUGAAUCAAAAACCUCUGAUCUGAAGAUCAAAGCACUCCAUCGCAUAUCAAAUAUUUAGAAAAUAAACGAAUAAAAUAAAAUAAAAAGGGGCACCAUCUCCAUCUCUAUUCAAUCAUCAAUCAACAAGGAAAAAGAAGGAUGGCCCAUCUCUAUCUCCAUUCAAUCAAUGAAGAAGGAAAAUGAAGGAUGGUGCACUCAUUGGAGGUAGAGCUUCUAGAACAUCUGCAGUGCAGCUUGAGCAAACAUGGGCGUCACUUAAAAGUCUAAGAUGGGUCUGUCUCGAUCAGCUUAUCCCUGUUAAAUCUCCUUUUCAGCAACAGUUCUCGUUGUUUUUUGUUUUUAAUCUUCAGUGGUAGUUGAUGGUUUGAAAUUUGGUAUCA